ACCAAGCGUUGGCCUAAGAAAAGUAGGAAUAGCGGGCGACGGUGCCGGCUGAAUUCAUUGAUAAGGAAAUGCAUAUGGAGGCAUUUGUUGCCUUGCACAAGACUCUGAACAUGGCAUGUGGCGCCACGAUCCGAAACGUUGAACAGCUGAAGCAAGACCAUAAGCAGCCAGUUCGUUCCGGUAUCAAGAAACCAGCCUUGUCCACUCUGGUUCAGCCCACAAUUGUACGACUCAACGAAGGCAAGCACGCCAGCAUUAUCGCUGAGCACGGCCUGGAGAGCAAUCCAUCGAGACCCAACGCAUAA